GCGGCGCGGCGCGGAGGGGCGGGACCGGCGGAGCGGGACGAGCGGCGGGUAACGCGGCGCGGGCAGCGGCCAUGGGGAAGUUGCUGGCGGUGGCCGUGGUCGGCAUAGCGGCAGCCUUGGCGGCGGAGCGGCUGCUGGCCUUGCGGAACAAACUCAAUGCUUGGCGGGAAAUAGCCCCAGUAAGCCUCCCAAACUGCCGGCUCAUUAAAGGCAUCGAACAUGGUUCAGAGGAUAUUGACAUACUUCCCAAUGGAUUGGCUUUCAUCAGCUCUGGCUUGAAAUAUCCAGGAAUAAAGACCCUUGCCCCAGACAAGCCGGGUGAAAUAUUUUUGAUGGAUUUGAAUGAAGAUAAUCCCAGAGCAGUGGAACUGAGAAUCAGCCGAGGGUUUGAUCUGGUGACGUUUAACCCUCAUGGAAUCAGCACCUAUAUAGACAGAGACAACACCGUGUACCUCUUUGUUGUGAACCAUCCCCAUCAGAAGAGCACAGUAGAAUUGUUUAAAUUUGUAGAAGAUGACAAUUCUCUUGUACACCUGAAAACCAUUCGACAUGACCUUCUGACAAGUGUGAAUGAUGUAGUAGCUGUGGGACCAGACAGCUUCUAUGCUACCAAUGACCACUACUUCUCCGACUUCGUCUUGAUGUUCUUGGAGCUGUUCUUGGGUUUAACUUGGUCAAAUGUUGUUUACUACAGUCCAAAAGAAGUUAAAGAAGUAGCAGCUGGGUUUUAUUCAGCCAAUGGGAUUAAUGUAUCACCUGACAGAAAGUACAUCUAUGUUGCAGAUAUAUUUGAUCAUAAUGUCCAUGUGAUGGAAAAACAUGCUAAUUGGAAUUUAACCCACGUGAAGACACUGCAGCUGGACACUCUGGUUGAUAACUUGUCUAUUGACCCACCCACUGGAGACAUCUGGAUAGGAUGUCAUCCCAACGCAAUGAAGCUGUUCUACAAUGAUCCUGAAAAUCUACCCGGCUCUGAGGUCCUGCACAUCCAGAACAUCCUCUCUGAGGAGCCCGUGGUGACACGCAUCUAUGCUGACAAUGGCUCUGUGCUGCAGGGAAGCUCAGUGGCAUCCAUCUACAGAGGAAAACUCCUCAUUGGCACCGUCUUCCACAGAGCUCUUUACUGUGAGCUAUAGCUCAUCACGGGACAUCUUUAGCAUCCCUGGGAAGUGGCGUGCUCUCCAACAGGAACUUGUUUUCCGCCUCAAGGAACAGAUGUUGCUCUCAGAGCCCAAGCAGAAAAAACUGCUCUGAAGGAAGAUCUCACAAUAAGGAGAGGUUGGGCUAUUAACUUGUUCAUCAUUAGCCGUCAACAUCCUGCACUAGCAUUUAAAAUAAUUAUUUUAGGCUUGUGCCACUAUUUGUUCUCAAGUAAAUUUAGUGCCAUUUUCUAAAGAGCAUUUUGUAGCAGUGACAGUAACACAGCCAAAAUACUGACCUGUCACUACUGGCCCUGGGUUUACUCUGUGGUUGCAGAAGUUAACAGCCAGCAUUACCUGUGGCAGUGGUAGAAGCAACCCACCAAACAUGUAAUUUCGUGUUUUCCAGUAGCUUAGAGUAUCUUCAGAUGAGCAAAUCUACAUGUUGUUGGAUCCUGUUAAACUUCUACUUUUUUGUUGGUUUUGGCUUAUCAGAAAAUAAAGGAAAAUAAACUCUA